AUGGGGUCUCCUGCAGAAACAUUACUACCCUUCUGUUUGUGUGACUACAGCGAUAUACCACCUCCUUCCCCCCCCCAAACUGGGCUGUACGAUAUUGUACAUAGUGUCACUGUACACAUGUGCAAUUAUGGGUCACAUGACAACUUAAAUUUUUGCGCUCUGAUUCACAACCACGCUCACACCCACGGCAUGCCCGACCCCUGGAGUGACGACUGGAGCUCAACCAAAAAGGCCGCGUCCGAAAAGCCUCUCAGUGGCGCGAUUCUCUCGUCAGUUCACAGUCACAAUCUCAGCCAGGGCGACAUGGCCAGCCAGCAGCAACCACCGGCGUUCCGGGGCCAGUUCACGCUCAAAACCCGUGACAAGACGCUCAAGGUCGCCAACCCGGCCGGCAGAGCGCCCCCGCGACCGGCAGUCGUGCUGGAUCAAAACAAGGAGACGUAUGAGGAGAAACAGAGACGGUAUCAGGAGGUUCGAGAGAAAUUGCUGGGCAAGGAAUAG